UUGCACACACUUUCUCCUCUGCUCAUGGCCGCUCGUUUCGCCCCUCGCUGCGUGUCCUCUCCUCCCCCGCUUCUCUCCAAAACCCCGCACCGAAAUUCGAACCCCACGGCAGUACGGCACGUCUCGCUCCCAAGCCGAUCCCGAGCGAAGCAAGCACCAUGGCGGCCUCCUCGGCCGCUCUCCGGCCCGAGCUCUACCUGCUGGCCGCUGCCCGCGGGCGACACCACCACCUCCUCCGCAUGCUCCCGCCACGCGCGCCGCUCCUCCAACACCGGCGCUGCCGCCGCCGGCCCCUGGCCGUGAGGUUCUCCACCGGGGACAGCGGGAGCGGGGGAGGCUCCGCGGGCGCCGUGGAGAAGCGCUCGGUUCCGGAAGUGACGGAGGAGAAGGGAGAGGAUCGGGAGGAGGAGGUGGCCGGGGCGCUGGAGCUGAGGUGGCCGCCGUGGGAGGGGAUACCUGAGCGGUACAGACUGAUGGGCGCCACCUCCCUCGCCUUCGUCAUAUGCAACAUGGACAAGGUUAACUUGAGUGUUGCAAUUAUUCCAAUGUCACAUCAAUAUGGUUGGAACUCAUCUACUGCUGGCCUAGUUCAAUCGUCAUUCUUUUGGGGUUAUGCUUUGAGUCAACUACCUGGGGGCUGGCUGGCAAAAUUGGUUGGUGGAAGGAGAGUGCUUAAGGUCGGUGUUCUUGCAUGGUCUUUGUCCACUGCUAUUAUUCCUGCUGUAGCAGGAUUUAUGCCAGGACUUGUGCUAUCAAGGAUUCUGGUAGGCAUUGGAGAAGGUGUCUCACCAUCAGCAGCUACAGAUUUAAUUGCACGGACCAUUCCACUUCAAGAAAGAUCAAGAGCAGUUGCUGUUGUUUUUGGUGGCUUAAGCUUUGGGAGUGUCUUAGGACUUCUGUUCGCUCCUCCAAUUAUUCAGAACCUCGGCUGGGAGUCCGUCUUUUACAUAUUUGGUCUUCUUGGAAUCAUUUGGUGUCUAGGGUUUGAAUCUCUAAAAGAUCUACAGUCAGGUGACAAUGAAGACACAUUAAGUGAGUAUUCUGGACAGGCUUCUGCUGGAUCCAAUGGCCAUAUAUCAUCGUCUAUGUCCUCAAAAUCAUCGGACCCAUCACUGGAAGAGAUGACAAACUCAAUAAAGGAUGUGCCUUGGAGGAAUUUUUUCAAAAGCAAGGCAGUGUGGGCCAUGAUUUAUGCUCACUUUUGUGGAAGCUGGGGGCACUAUACCUGCUUGUCUUGGCUCCCAACAUUCUUUAGUGAGGAGCUAAACUUAAACUUGACAGAAGCAGCAUGGGUGUCAAUUCUUCCUCCUUUGGGCUCAAUGAUCAUCACAUCUAUUGCGGCACCGUUUGCAGACAACUUGAUAUCAAGUGGAGUUGACACCACAAAGGUACGAAAAAUAUGUCAAACAAUUGCAUUCGUGUCACCUGCAGCUUUUAUGAUGCUUUCCUCUGUGGAUCUUGGACUGCCUCCCUGGGAAAUUGUUGCUUUUCUUACAAGUGGCUUGGCACUUUCCAGCUUCGCCUUAUCAGGGCUUUAUUGUACUCAUCAAGAUAUAUCUCGUGAAUACGCAAGCAUUCUCCUGGGAAUCACAAAUACUGUAGGGGCUGUACCUGGAAUUGUUGGUGUUGCACUUACAGGCUAUCUUGUUGAUACGACUCAUUCAUGGAGUAUAUCACUCUUUGCACCUUCCGUCUUCUUUUACUUAACUGGCACUGCUGUCUGGUUAGCAUUCGCCAACAGCGAGCCCCAGGACUUUUCUGAGCCAGAAUCGGAGUAGUGACACUGGCGUCAAUUUGUAGUUACACACAGUUCCCACGUCCUUGGAAGGGUGAUUAGAAAAAAAAAAUCAUCAAGAGUUAAGCUCGCUCUGCCAAGCAAAUUUAUGGAGCUCCUGCUGGAUAAUAGAAUUUUCAGUAGCCGGGGUAGGAAAUAGGUAGAAUGUAAAUGUAGAUGCCGCAACGAAUUUUCUGCCAUAUAUUGUAUGGGCCUUUUCUGUAGUGAGUUCUACUUCACUUUCUGGCACGAUUUUGGAACAGAAGUGCCUGUCAACAUUGCCCCAUUCAGGAACAUUUAAUAUAAUAAGAAGAUGCAAGCCUGUAGACACU